GAGUUGGAGGCCAGUGUUAUUGCUGCUGCACAAGGCCUCAUAAACGUGCUAACACAAAACAUUCAGCAGCAUCACACCCCAGCACAGCAGAAUCCAUUGCAUGAGCACCAGAGUCGACAGCAAGCACAAACAACAAAACAAACUGUGCAGGAGGAGAUGACCAGGUCAUUUCCUGGCUUCUUUACCAAAAAGAAAGGCAAAAACCGCUUUUCACCCUUACAAACCACUCCAGGGAAGCCGAAAGUCUGUAAGAUAUUCAGUGUGUAUGUAUAUUUGGUGAAUAAGGGCUGUACCAGCACACCUUCUGCAGCUGAAGAGCUGGAGUUGAGCCAAGCAGGGUUGGGGAAGAGGUCCCUCACUUUGACGGAUGAUAUGAGCCAUGAAAUGUGUUUCGGUGCUGGGAAGACGACCAUGUACAUUGUUCCACUGCAGCAGGACCUUGAUCUUACUCCACUGCCAUCUGAUGCCACUGAAUUUCAAAAAAUGCCUAAGGCUGCAUGCCAAGUGUGCAAAGAAAACAUGCCUCUGCAUAUCCUAGCAUUGCACAUCGAGGAUUGUAUGGAGUCUGCAGCAGAUGAUGAUGAUGUUAAUGCAUAUAACAGAGAAGAUAUUGCAAAACAAUACAUGUAUAUGGACUGUCAAAAUGAGGUCCAGGUUCUUUCUGUCACAAACUCACCACCUGUUCACCCUAACAAGGAGUCCAGAGAUUGUGACCAGGAUAGAAAGGAAUGCCCUAUAUGUUGUGCCUGCUUUCCAUCAGAUGAAAUUGUUCUGCAUGCAAGCCUGUGUGGUGAAAGUCUACAAGACACGUUGAACUACAGUUCAGACAGCUGUGUGCUACAUGAGGGAAGCUUAUCUAUGGCCGACAUGUCUAGUGAUGAUGAUGUACUCCAGUGGCUUGCAAGCCAAGUAGAUGCAAGCAAAGAUUUUAAGAUCUGCAUCACCCGGGACAACCUUUUCCAAAGAGGCCUAAUUCAGUGGCAGAGACAGAAGAAGGGCUCACCUGUUAACAAACUCAAUGUGACUUUUAUUGGCGAAGCUGGAAUCGACACUGGAGCAUUAAGGCAGUGGCAAGAAGGAAAGAGUCCUGUCUACUCGAUUUGUGACCUAGAAAAUGGUUUCUACAGAACUGCAGGAGAAAUAUUUUCUGUCAGCCUAGCUCAGGGUGGCCCAGCACCAUGCUUCUUCAGAAAUUGGUGUUACCAGUUUCUUACAACAGGGGACUUUGAUGAUCUGCAGCUGACCAAAGAUGACUUGGAUGAUCUUGAAUAUGCUUUACUCAUAGAAAGGGUGGAGUCAGCAACUGAUCUGACACAGUUCACAGAUGAAAUCGUGAGUUGUGGUUACACAGGUUUGCUUAAGUUGGACCAAAGGACAGUAUCAUAA